CCGUUCUGUAAUAGGUCCGUGACUACAGUGUGAAGCCAAAACAGCCAUAUUUGCGAAGGGAAAAAAUAUGCGAAUAAGAUUUUAACAAAGGAAUUAUAGCAAAGAUGGCGGCGACCUCAGCAGGACGCGUUUUGACACUUUGCAGACAGUUUCAAAAAGCUUUUAGGAUAUCUACAUCGUUAGCCGCCCAACAGUCUGCUCUCACUUUGACCAAAUCUCAAUCUUAUCCUCAUAGGUUAACGUAUCCACUUUUGAGCUCAAAUUGGCACUGUCAUGUGGGCCUUGUUGGUCAGUUUCGGCCUCUGCAUACUACCAUCAGCAGAAGAGGACUUGAGGAGUUUUUCGACAUACCUGAAAAUUGGGGGGAGGCGACAGUGAAGUCAGGAGCACCAUGGACUGCCAAGCAACUAAGGUCGAAAAGUAAUGAAGAUUUACACAAGCUCUGGUAUGUGCUCCUGAAAGAGAAGAACAUGUUGCUUACCAUUGAGCAGGAGUCCAAAAGGCAAAGAAUUCAGAUGCCAAGUCCAGAGCGCCUAAAGAAGAUUGAAAGGUCCAUGAAGAGACUGGACACAGUGGUGAAGGAGAGAGAAGACGCCCUCCGCCUGCUCCAGACAGGCCAGGAGAGAGCAAGACCUGGGGCCUGGAGAAAGGACAUCUUUGGACGGGUCUACUGGUACCGGUUUAGAGAGCAUGCCCUUCCCUGGUACAUGAACAAUAGAUACAAACGCAAACGUUUCUACACACCCUUAUUUGUCACCCCCCAUAUGAGGCUUCGUCUAGAGAAACACCUCCGUGCUAAGACCAGAAUGCAGAACAAAGAGAGAGAAAAACAAGCCGCACUCCAGGAGAAGUUCCCCCAAAUGAAAGCUCAGUCAUCAUGAGACCUUCAUUGACCAAGAAACAUCAUUCUCCCUCCUGCAAUUCACAUUGGAGCAUGUGUCUGUAUCUAAAUGAAUUUACCCUGUUUUUUGCAUAAAUAUGUGUCAUCAGCUUUUAUUUAAUGUACUUUUUCAUGUUGGUAAACUGUGGCAUUUGUAUGUCUUCCUCUGUAUCAUGAUGCCUUGACAUUGAUUAUAUGGUUAUUCUUAUUAAAGUGAUAUACAGACACUGUUUGUGGCAUAUUUUAAACCACAGAAUUCCAAAUAUGUCCUUGAACAUAACUAAAAUUGUUCAAGUCGAAAGAUUGCUCCAACAAUAAAUUGUGGGUAAAUAAAUAUUCUAAUAUUAAUCAAUCUAACUUUUGAAAUGCUGUAAGCCCUUACCAGCCAUUGGCACUGCAGGUAUUCUGAACAGUGUCUAUGGUGAACAGGAUCUUUUUCAUAACUUUUUGACCGCUCAGACAAGUGUGACACAAACUAAUUAAGAAAGUGAACAUUGUCUAACAUCAAAGUUUGAGUUGUACAGCUUCAACACUUACCUACAUUACGCCAAGACAGAUCUUGAACUUCCAUUCCAUGAAUGGUCAAUGGUGAAACCCCUAUAAGCCAGUGAUAUAGAAAUGUAUUAGAAUAGGUUUGCUUUGGACUUCUUAUGAAAAUAAUUUAAUGUAUAAAAUGUAUUUGACAGGGACAAAUAACCAGCUGGCUUUGUGAUGUCACAAUGAUGUAAUAAAAACAGACAGUUAGA